UUCGCCCCAAAUUUACAGCUAAGUGAAUGGUGGAGUCUGGCACUAAAGUUUAUGCUUGUAAAGCUACUCUCCUGCUUGUUCUCCUAAGUAGGCCUUCCGUGGCUGGAGGGGAGUUUGGCUAUAAAGGGAGGGGGUGAGGUGACUCCUUGGCCUCUAGAGCUGGGGGCAGCACACUGGCUGUGUUUGUACUGGGUUACUAACAGUGGUUUUAACCAUAUAUGCCCCAUAAAACUGAAAAUACUCUGGCCCUUUAUAGAAAAAGUUUACCCAUUCUAGAGCCUCUGAAUCAUCUUUUUGAUAGGAAAGUUACCUUUUUCCUUUGACCAGGAGAUGGUGAGGCUAGGUAUUUGCUGUUUUAUGCUUCUGCUUCCCUGCUCUGUUUCUAGAAACUCUGUCUCAGAACAGAUACUUCUUGCUGAUUGAGAGCAACAACUUUCACAGUGUAGCUGUUUCUGACCCAGGCUAUAUCCUUAUUCUAAUGAUUAUUCUUGACUUUCAUGAACCCAAAUUAAAAUACUUCAAAACAACAAAAAAAUCAGAUUAAUUGCAUUGAUUGUGAGGCAGGAUAAGGGGAAGUGGCCGAGUGACAGACUGGGCUUAUACCCUUUUAACUGUUGCUUCCUCCCUAUGUGAUGCGGUCAAGAAACCUGCAUGUGACCUUUCAACUUGUUACCCAUGAAAUAGAUGUAUUAAUACAAAGCCAUAGGGUUGCAGUGACAGUGAAAUGAUAUGUAAGAGUGGCAGGUACUGCAGGCUUAAACGACAGCUGUAUGAUGAAAACUCACCUCACUAAACGUCCAAUUUUCUUGCUUGGCUCUCGGUCACAAUUCUCAGGGCUUGCUGCCUGAUUUGUACCAUAUUUGGGUCAUGGACUUUGAGAAUCUGAUGAGAGCUCUGGACCUGACGAAGGUGUAAACGCACCCAUCCAGUUUGCAUGGGUUCACGUGCCAGGGGAGGACCACGCCAUUCAUUAAUCUCUCACUUCCUCUAAUUUGAAUUCCAACCUUCGUAGAGGAGAUGGUGACCCUCUCCCACCUUCUUGGCUUCAUUUUUCUCAGAUUUUGACUCCUUUGGAGAUAACAGCUCGAAAGCAAACCUACCCUUUCUUAGCACUGAGCAUGUUGCUCUGAAUCCUUUUUAGGCCAGGAGCGCCCUACUGAGUAGUUCUUGCUGUAAACCCUCCUAUGUGCGGUUUCUGCUUUUGGAUAACAUUCUUAAACGCUGCUUUAAGCCUGUCUCUCCAAAGAGCUUCCCUCUGUAAACCUGGGGGCAUGGAGCACUGUGUUAGCAGGGUGUUGAUGUGGGAGGGGGUGUGUAGAACAUGGUGAGUUAUCAUCGCUCCUGUACAUGAUAGGGGAUCCGGGAUCAUUUUAGCGACUAUUCUAUCUAGAAAUCUGUAAGGAGAAGGAAAACGGGUAAAGUCUUCUAAAGAAGUAAGGACUACUGUAAGCCUCAGUGCCUGUAACCCACCCACCUGGAGCCUUCACCCCGGGUGUGGCUCCUGCUGCCAGGACACCACCAUUUGUUCCUUCCGCCCUUCUCCCAGCAGCACUGCUGCCCCAACAAGGACCUUCAUUUCUGGGCUGCAGCGUGUGGCAAAGGGAACUCUCUCUCCAGUCUGCCAACACAGCCUUGGAGAUGCAGGCCUGCCCAGUGCCGGCCCAGAAGUCUGAGCCAGGUCCAACCAGCAAAAUAAGUGAAUACGCUUUGACCCUUUGUUGAAAUUUUACCUGGAAAAGUUUUUCCAUUUCAGUAAAGUCUUUCAUUUUUUAUGAGGCACCUCCUUCUCAGGGACAGCAGUGUCCAUUUACUGCUUAGCCCUACUGAUCUCUCCACCUGGAAUGUUUCGAACAUCUGCUGGUAUACUACACCCCUUUUCCCCUUUCAUCCCAGGCACUUACCUCAGAAGCAGAAAAUCUCUGAGCUGUGUUCAGAGUUACCAAGCUAUAAACUAUCAAAUGUGCUUCAGCCUCAUUUUCUUCUUGUAAACCAGCAAACAUCAGCGCCUCAGAGGCCUCAGGGACCUAUCUCAAUGACAGAACGAGACCAAAGCCCAAACUGGGUAGAGCUGGUCUGUGGUCAGUUACCCUACCUACUCUCCCUCUCCCACCUCCCAGCCAAGCAUUCUUUUCAUAAUGGCUGAAACUGUUAAAGGCUGCUUAUGCCUUUCCCUGAAGGAAGGAACAUGUAGUUGUUUAUUCAGCAAAAUACUUGAUUGCAGAGAGCCCGUGACUUUAAAAAAUUUUUAAUUUCAGGAAUAGGCCUUUACAACUACUCAAGGGGUGUGCAAUGGCUGUGGACAACUGCUGUCACUUCAGCUUAAUGCUGCCUGGAUGCCACUUAGCUUUUAAAAGUUUGAUUUUUGCUCCAUAAUUUAAAUAAAACAACUGUAGAGUUAGUUUAGACCAAUGUUGAAAUACUUUCCCCAGCUGUGGUUCCUACCACAGGCAGUCACUAAUGGUAUCUUGCUUUUGGGAGGAGAGGUGGCACAUAAGAUAGAGGCUUGAGUCACAAAAGCUUCUGCAAUGCUGUCACACCAUGAUGAAUGGUCCUUUUUGUCCUCAAAGCACAGGGGGCCUGGGACCCCAGACCUCUCCCUUGGCUGUCUUGGCUUUAUAAGUUAACACAGAAGUUUGAUUUGAUUGUGCUUGGUGUACAGAAGGCAGAAAUGGAGGAUUAGGAGAAAGUACCCAUCUCUGGAAUGAGCAGUUUCCAAAUCCCAUUUGGCACAUCACUCCAGGCUCAUGGCGGGUGUGUGUGUCUGUGUGUGGCUGGCAACGAGUCCACAGACCAAACUGGCUCUAGGACAUCACGUUGUUCAGUCUUUCGCUUAUCUAAUUGGAUUUGUAUUCUUACCCAAUGUUCACUAGGUCACCACAUAGCCUCUUCCUCAUCCUACAAAAGUUCCAAGUGAAGCCCCUACCUGGGGCCAUUCGGGAUCCAAGCUGAGUGUAAAGAGGUGCAGCAGCUGACUACUCUCAGACUCACAGGAUUGGUUAGGCGGGUUUAGCAGAGAUCUGCUUCUCAAUGUUCUUGAAGUGCUAGCAGUGGUGUCUUCUACCAGGCCUUGCUCCAAGGGCCUGAGAGGACUGGAACCAGGACAGAUGGAUCUGUGGUCACAGUCCACCCAAUCCCACCACACCACCCUUCUUCCUUGGCAAAAGAAUUGGUGACUAUUCUGUUCCACUGGCAGCUGUGCUGCCAUCUCACCCACUCUUCCUUGGGGGAACUGGCUGGCUCUCACCAAAUAUCCAACCUCUGGAAGGGCCUUGGGAAGAGAUUAUUAGCAAAAUUUUCACAGAAAUGCCAGGCAGAGAAAGAAUCUUUGUCUUGAUGGCUAAUCCAGGUCAUAGGAAACCUGAAGUCCUAUAAAUCUCCUUACUCAGAAUUCACACCUUUCCCAGUUUAUUAAAAUGCUCAUCAUUUAAUGGGUACCCACAACUACUCAUGAUUUAGGGACAUGCCCUUUCGUGGUGUAGAACUUCAAGUUCCCUUGGUUCCCAGGGUUUAGGGCCUUGGAGAUGGCUCAGCCUUGGGUCUGCUUCCCUGAGGCUACUGGAAGGAUAUGCUCUUUAGGAACCCCCCAGUCAACUCUUGGGAGAAAAGCCCAUAAUUCAAGGCUUGCAAUGUGAUUUGUAACCACUGUACAAGCUCUCUGUGAUUUAGGAGCCCCUGCUACCUCCUCCUUCACAUUUUAAAAAAUAACAAAUCAACCUAUACUCGUUCAUUCAAUUUGCCCAUGGUUCAAGUAAGUCCCACGUCAGUCCUGAUCGCCCUUUUUCCUGGAAGAGAGUAGGUAGGCCAGAGAUUGACUUCCUAUAGCUAGGUCUCCAUUCUUCUAGGGAGAUAACCUAGAGCAGAUAAUUAGGGUGACAGUUCAUCUAUACAAAUGGGGGAUCUGGGGCACUGUAGGCCAUGCAGGCCAUGCUUGCUGAAGCAUCCUCCCACAGCAGGGAGGUAAGGGCCUUAUCCAAAUGCCUGUAACACAAGAGAUCAGUGCUGCUUUCCCAGACAAGGCUGGAAGGGGUCAACACUAUUUCUGAAGACCUCAUUAUCAGAAUUCUAUUUUGAUUAAAGUUAUCUCACUGAGCUAUUUUGGAAUCCAAAUGUGGCCAGAUGCCUAGCCUCCCUCAAUGGCUUCACGUGGCUUUCAAAGGGGAAAGGGUAAUGCUGACUUUUGCUAAUGGGUGAAAGGGUCCAAGCCAGUAACAUAGUCAAAGUCCAGAUGAGGGAUCAGUAAAUACAACGUGCCUGCAAGGGAGGCCUUGAGCACAUUCCUCUGGUAGACAUUAACUUAUUAAAUCGACCCUGAUUGCAAAAAUAAACUUUGCCCCCAUCUCAUCUGGCAACCAUAAAAGAGGUGGAUUUCAGUCUAUAAAAGGAAGUAGGAACUGCCCCUGGUUUCAGGCUCCAACAUCCUCCGAGUCAAGAUGUGGCACCUCAAACUCUUUGCUCUGCUUAUGAUCUACCUGUUGCUGUUGGGCCAGGUAGAUGGCUCCCCAAUACCGGAACUGAGUUCAACAAAGAGAAGGCUUCGGAGAAUGACCCCAUUUUGGAGAGGGGUUUCCCUCAGGCCCAUUGGAGCCUCUUGCCGGGACGAUUCCGAGUGUGUCACCAGGCUAUGCAGAAAGAGACGCUGCUCCCUAAGUGUGGCCCAAGAGUGAUGUACAUACCAGGGAAAAGAAGACAGUACUCUCCUUCAAUGCUCCGUUCUAUGGAAUAUUGAUUAACUGCAUUUUGGCUGGAGACACCUAAGUGAAGCAAUCUUGUUUGUAAUAUUUAAAGACAAAUGUAUGCUUUAAAUUGGUCUCCAUUUCUUCUUAGAAUGUUAUUUACAUAAACAUAACUAAACUUGUCAAUUUAGAGUUUAUUUUUCUAUGUAUACUAUUAAAUUUC